AUGAACAGAAGUAUAUUGGAGAAACUUCCUUUUACUUCUUUUUUUUUCUUUUUCUUUUUUCCUUUUUCUUUUUUCUUUUUCUUUCUCUUUUUUUUUCCUUUUUCUUUCUCUUUUUUUUCCUUUUUCUUUCUCUUUUUUUUUCUUUUUCUUUCUCUUUUUUUUUCCUUUUUCUUUCUCUUUUUUUCCUUUUUCUUUCUCUUUUUUUUCUUUUUCUUUCUUUUUUUUUCCUUUUUCUUUCUCUUUUUUCCUUUUUCUUUCUCUUUUUUCCUUUUUCUUUUUUCUUUUCCUUUUUCUUUUUUCUUUUCCUUUUUCUUUUUUCUUUUCCUUUUUCUUUUUUCUUUUCCUUUUUCUUUUUUCUUUUUCUUUUUUCUUUUGUACAAUUUCCUGAAGCAUUUUACAGAAAUUCAGUAUUGUUCUUUACAUUUUCUUUUUCCUCCUCCUUACCUUGUCCUGGCAUCUUUAAUCUUUACCUUCCCCCAUUUGUUUCUUUCCCUGCCCUCCACAUUUGUUUCCUUCCCUGUCCCCCCCACACACUUGUUUCCUUCCCUGUCCCCCCCACACACUUGUUUCCUUCCCUGUCCCCCCACACACUUGUUUCCUUCCCCUGUCCCCCCCCCACACUUGUUUCCUUCCCUGUUUCCCCCCACACUUGUUUCCUUCCCUGUUUCCCCCCACACUUGUUUCCUUCCCUGUCCCCCCACACACUUGUAUCCUUCCCUGUUUCCCCACACACUUGUUUCCUUCCCUGUUUCCCCCACACACACUUGUUUCCUUCCCUGUCCCCCCACACACACACUUGUUUCCUUCCCUGUCCCCCCACACACACACUUGUUUCCUUCCCUGUCCCCCCCCACUUGUUUCCUUCCCUGUCCCCCACACACACACACUUGUUUCCUUCCCUGUCCCCCCACACUUGUUUCCUUCCCUGUCCCCCCACACACUUGUUUCCUUCCCUGUCCCCCACUUGUUUCCUUCCCCCCAUCUUUUUCUUCCCUGUUGCCAUCUGUUUUUUCCAUCCUCACACCAUUUUCCUCUUCCCCACCCCAUUUGUUUCCUUCAGUUCAACCACCCCAUUUGUUUUUUCUGUUCCCCCACCCUAUUUAUUUUUUUUUGUUCCCCUACCCCCAUUUGUUUUUUCUUGAUUCCCUCCCUUUUGAUAUUCCUUGUUUCACAUUCUUAAUACCUCCCCCCCCACAAUCAACCUCAUUCCAUAUUUUCUAUUCUCUAUCCAUCUUUGCUACUUACCUCUCUUUCUCUCUGUACAUUGCCCCUUUGCUUUCUCUCUCAUUGCAUUUUCUCAUUUUUAUUUAUUGCGUUUUUCUCACUUUUACCUUCCAAGAGAAUCUCUGCAACACUCACAACUUAAAGUAG